AUGGACUCGGGCAGCGGCCGAGCUCCGGACACUGCAGCCCUUAAACUGGAGCGCGUGGGUGUGAAAACCAAUCCGGAAACGGGGAAAAUCCUUGUAGAUCCAGCUGAAGCCACUUCGAUCCCCCAUAUUUUUGCAAUUGGGGACAUCACUGAGGGCCGCCCUGAACUAACGCCCACCGCAAUCGCCUCAGGGAAGUUAUUGGCUCAACGGUUGUUUGGCCUCUCUACCGAACUCAUGGAUUACGACAAUGUGCCUACAACAGUGUUCACCCCCCUAGAAUAUGGUAGCGUUGGCAUCUCAGAAGAAGCUGCUGUCCACCGAUAUAGUCCAGAUAACAUAGAGGUAUACCACGCAUUUUAUAAACCCUUGGAAUUUGUUGUGGCCGAAAGAGAUGCUACUCAGUGUUACAUAAAAAUGGUGUGCCUGCGUGAAAAAGAUCAGCGGAUCCUGGGCCUUCAUUUCAUUGGCCCAAAUGCAGGUGAAGUUAUCCAAGGCUUCGCUCUUGGAAUCAA